UUGCACCACAUCUCUUAACUCUCUCUCUCCGGUGCUUUCAGCGAGUUGACGCACAGCCAAUGUGUGAAACAGCUGCAAAGAAAAGAGCGUUUGGAGUUUAUUGGAGUGACUAGAAUUCUGUCUUGCAUUUUAAUCUUAAUACCGUCAAUACUUAAACGCUAUCAUUAUUGUUGUUGGUAAUAAUCAUGAUGCUGAUAAAUGUUUGUUGUUAUUGCGAAUAGUAACAAUGAAGUGUUGGUACUGUUGUACAGAAUGAUUUAUAAGAACUGAUUAUUGUUGUUAUUGUUAGGAAGACGGACUCCGAGAUCGUGCUCCAGUGUACUUCUGUGUAGUGCACUUUGGGUGAGGAGCGAAGGAGGGCGUCUGGUGCCUGUCGGCGCAUUGUUCCUCGGUGAUUUGCCACGCCGAAUCCCAGGAGGAGAGGGAAGAGCAUUGCAUCACCAGCCUAGCCUCUCGCCAUUGGUCCCCGUCCCGUCCUGGAUCCACACGGAAAGCCGUACGGAUGAUGUAAAAAAAAAAAAAAAGAAGAUCGCAGCGGUCUGGAGGUACCAAAACAAAGGGGAGCGUUUAUCUCGAGCAGGGGUUCGACUGCGCGGCGGUCCAGCAUGUGCGGGGUCGCGGGCUGCCGAGGGCUGUGACGGGGCUGAGCUUGCGUGCAUUCCGGGGUGUCGCCACGGCCGCCGAGCGAGGAGCCCCCGGUCCACCCGGAUUCUCCAGCGCCAGAGGAAGAUGGCUGCCAUGAAGAUUCUCACGAGCACGGGGCUUUUCCUGGCGUUUUGCGCGCUGGGGCUGCUGGCGAUGGCCAUCUGCACGGACUACUGGUACGAGACGGACGCCAGGAGGCACCGGGAGAGGUGCAAAAACUACGCCAACAAGAGGACGGACCCCGGAUACAUCUACAUUUCCAAUCACAACCUGCCGCUCCGCAUGCCUCCCCCGGACGCCCACAGGACAGCGGAGGCAGGCAGCGGCGGGGCUCUCCCGCGCGCCAGGCGGCACUUCCUCGCGGCUGCCUCGGCGAUGGAGUCGCACUGCAGCCGGCAGUUCAACUCCACCAUCUCCGGGCUCUGGAGGAGGUGCCACCGAGAGGGCUUCGACCUGGAGACCGAGGACCUCAUCUACAAAGGUGUGAUUCAGCGCUGCACCCCGGUGAAGUACCACUACUCUUCUUCCACUCUGCCGCGGAACCUCCCCAUCAACAUCACCAAGACGAUCAGGCAGGACGAAUGGCACGCGCUGCACCUGCGCAGAAUGACAGCUGGGUUUAUAGGGAUGGCAGUAUCCAUUAUCCUCUUCGGAUGGAUUAUUGGAGUCCUCGGCUGCUGCAAGCAACAUGAUUUAAUGCAGUAUGUAGCUGGGCUGCUGUUCCUCAUGGGAGGGACCUGCUGCAUCAUCUCUCUGUGCACCUGCGUGGCCGGGAUCAACUUCGAGCUGUCCCGUUACCCGCGGCACAUGUACGGACUCCCCGAGGACAUCAGCCACGGCUACGGCUGGUCCAUGUUCUGCGCCUGGGGCGGCCUGGGCCUCACCCUGCUGGCCGGGUUCCUGUGCACGCUGGACGUUCGGAACGAGCGGCCCGGGCAGUUCGGAGAAAGCCCAACCGGACCUGGCACUGGCGCACAGAAAGACCCGGAGAGGGGCUGGUGGUGUAUGGGUGGGGGUGGGAGGUAA